GGAACGGCCCGGAGCCAGCGAGACUUGGGUCCUCCGGGUGGGCUAGAGCGGCGCGGCCGCCCGUCGCGAGCGGCCAUGGAGGAUGAGAAGAGCUUCUCCGACAUCUGCGGCGGCCGCCUGGCCCUGCGGCGCCGCUACUACUCGCCGUACUGCUGCGAGUUCGGCCUCACCUCGGCUCGGCUGUCGCUGUGCUCGCUCAGCGCCGUCACCUGCGCCGUGUGGCUGGCUGCCUACGGGCUCUUCACCCUGUGGGAGCACAGCAACCAGAGAAAGGCCUUUUCCUCAUGUCCAGUUAACUUGCUGAAUGGCAUAGGUACAUGCAGAGGAGCAUUUGGUGAUCUUACUGCCUGUGUCUGGCUCUGUCUUCAGAAUAGCAUGAUCCUCUCUGCGGCCAUCUUUAUCAACAUAGUAGGCCUGCUUGGUUACCUCCAUUUUGUGAAGGUUGAUCAGGAGACUCUGCUAAUCAUCGAUUCGCUUGGCAUCCAGAUGACUUCCUCCUAUGCUUCAGGCAAAGAAAAUACCACCUUCAUAGAGAUGGACAAGGUCAAGGAUGUUAUCAUUAAUGAGGCUAUUUACAUGCAAAAGGUCAUUUACUAUCUCUGCAUUUUACUGAAGGAUCCAGGGAAGCCACAGGAGGCAUCUCAAGUAGUUCCUGUCUUCCAGAGUGCCAAGCCCCGGUUGGACUGCUUGAUUGAAAUAUACAGGAGCUGCCAAGAGAUUCUGGCACACCAGAAAGCCACGUCAACAAGACCAUGAGUCUCAACAUUCAAAGACCCGUAUUGUCUUUAUGGAAAGGAUCGGAAGCCAUAGUGGCUGGUUUACUUUCUGUACGUGUAAAACCACCAGGGGACAAAGCUGAGGGAGUCAGAAUGGAUGAGGAGAUCUCAGAGCCAUAGAGGAGGCAGCUGAAGCGUGACUCGGAGUUUCGAUGUACUGUGACAUGGGGUUACAGGUUUUAUCUACCUUACCAAUCAAGAGGCGACCUUAAGGACUUUGACAUAGUGGCGCACGCCUUGACUCCCAGCACUCAAGAGGCAGAAGCAGGUGAUCUUUUGAGUUUGAGGCCAUCAGGACUACAGAGUGAGGACCCCCCACACAAAACAAGUAAUGUUCACACAGACCACUCUCUCAAGUUUCUAAGUACUUCAUGUUUGUCUUAAAAGCUGUGAAGUAUUGAGACUGGUACCAGAGUUUACAUGAAAAAUAUAUCCAUCUGCAUAGACUAGUGUCUAAAAGUUAGGGGAAAAGAAGUUUUUUUUUUUUUUUUUUUUUUUUUUAAUUAGCAGGAAUAAAAUGCCUUACAAAGGGCUAGCUUCUGUCUACCUAGCUCCUAUGAUGUGCCAGCUGAUGACCCUUAGUCCACAUCUUAGCUAGGAGUGGUGUAAUCCCAGCACUCAGGUGGUGUCAACAGGAUUGAAAGUUUGAGGCAAGCCUGGGCUACAUUGUGAGACAGCAUCUCAAACCCCAAAAUAAAUAAAUAAAUAUCCCAAA